ACCUCUGCUUUACGGCACCCGCCUCCGCCGCAAAGCCGGGGCGCCCACGUGCGGCAGCUUCCCACUGGGAACCUUGUUUUUACUGUGGCCAGCUUGACGUUUCAGCUAUGGGCAAACGCCGGAGCCGCGGCCGGAGCCAACUGCUCAGCACAAUGACCAAGAAGCAGAAGAAGCACCUCCGCGACUUCGGCGAGGAGCACCCCUUCUACGACAGGGUUUCCAAAAAGGAAGCAAAGCCACAGAUUUGUCAGCUGUCAGAGAGUUCAGAUACUUCACAUUCUGAAAGUGAAUCUGAGGAAGAACAAGAGCACAUUUCAGGGUACCACAAACUGCUUGCUACAUUAAAGAAUGUUUCUGAAGAGGAAGACGAGGAGGAGGAGGAAGAGGAGGAUGACAGUGCUGUAGCUGAUGAAGAAAUGAAUGAUGAAGAUAUUGAUGAAGAUGUCCAUGUGGAAGAAGAAACAGUGGAGUCGGCUGAGACACAUGAGCGUGUGUCCCCAGCUGAUGACCCAAAAGAAAAAGAUGGGGAGGAGCCGCCUGAUGGAUCACAGAAAUCCCCAGAGGAGUUCACAGAUGAGAAACACGAGUCGCUGUUCAGCCUGGAAACCAAUUUUCUGGAAGAGGAUGGUGGAGGCAGUUCUUCCCAGAGAGCACCCCGAGAUCCAUUUCAACAACAUGUCAACAGAGAAUUGAAAGAAAAGGAAAUUCAAGCUGCUGCUUCAAGCUCUCCAACUACCCAGCAGCUGAAAUGGCCCAUCCUGGGACAGCUUGUCUUUUCAUCAAAGUUCCAGAAGAUGGAAACAUUUAAACCUCCAAAGGAUAUUGACCUAAAGUCACUUCAUCUUCAGAAGCCUCUAGAGUCCACCUGGAAAAAAACCAAUAGCCAGUUCCUAUCUGGUCCUCAGAAAUCAAAUAGCCCCUUUACCCCACUCCAGAAAGAGCUGUUCUUAAUUAUGAAUUCUUACCGAGACCUGUUCUACCCAGAGAGGACUGCCCUGAAGAAUGGGGAAGAGGUCCGCCAUGUGUACUGUCUGCAUGCCAUAAACCACGUCCUCAAAGCGAAUGCCCAGGUGUUGGCCAACAACAGCAGGCGCCGGAGCCAGAAGCUUGGGGUGGGUGAAGAUGAUGACUUCAGGGACCAAGGGCUAACCAGGCCUAAGGUCCUUAUAGUGGUGCCCUUUCGGGAAGCUGCUCUUCGGAUCAUCCAGCUCUUCAUCAGCCUCCUUGAGGGCGACAGCAAGAAGAAAAUCAUUGUAAGCAACAAGAAGAGGUUUCAGGGGGAGUAUGGAUCCGAUCCUGAGGAGAGACCUCCCAACCUGAAGAGGCCUGAGGAUUAUGAAGCAGUGUUCGUGGGCAAUAUUGAUGACCACUUCAGGAUUGGAGUGGCAAUACUUCAGAGGAGCAUUCGUCUCUAUGCCCCCUUUUACUCCUCCGACAUCCUCAUCGCCUCCCCCCUGGGCUUGAGGACCAUCAUUGGUGGCGAAGGAGAGAAGAAGAGAGACUUUGACUUUCUGUCUUCUAUUGAGCUUCUCAUCAUUGACCAAGCUGACAUUUACCUGAUGCAGAACUGGGAACAUGUCUUGCAUUUGAUGAACCACAUGAACCUGCUACCUUUGGACUCACAUGGGGUGGACUUUUCUCGAGUUCGCAUGUGGAGCCUCAAUAACUGGGCCAAGUACUACCGUCAGACCUUGCUCUUUGGUGCCCUGCAGGACGCCCAGAUCAACUCUGUGUUCAACAAGCACUGUGUCAAUGCGCAAGGCCAGGUGGCUGUGAGGAAUGUCCCAGUGACAGGCUCCAUCAGUCAUGUGCUGGUGCAGCUCCCACAUGUCUUCCAGAGAAUGGACGCCCAAGAUCUACCUUCAGUGAUUGAUGCCAGGUUUCACUUUUUCAUAAACAAGAUUUUGCCUCAGUACCGGGAUGCCGUCAUGUCCCAUACACUCAUCUAUGUCCCCUCCUACUUUGACUUUGUGCGUCUCCGAAAUUACUUCAAGAAGGAAGAGCUGAACUUCACACACAUCUGCGAGUAUACACAGAAGUCUGGAGUCUCCAGGGCUCGACACUUCUUCCUCCAAGGAGAGAAGCAGUUUCUGCUCCUCACAGAACGUUUCCAUUUCUACAAAAGGUACACAAUAAAAGGCAUCAGGAACCUGAUAUUCUACGAAUUGCCAACAUAUCCUCACUUCUACAGUGAAGUCUGUAAUAUGCUGAGAGCCACCAGUAGAGGAGAGGAGGCCACGUGGACCUGUACUGUGCUCUAUUCCAAGUACGACGCCCAAAGGUUGGCCGCUGUGGUUGGUGUCGAGCGGGCGGCACAGAUGCUCAGGUCUCCAAAGAACGUCCACCUCUUUGUCACCGGAGAGAAAUGAGUGUGGAGCAGGACAGUGCAUCGAUGAGCCACGGAGACCUGGUCCUCAUCACUUCCCCAGGAGCAAGCUCCAGACUCACUGCAGUUUUGUGUCCCUGGGAAGUGCAUUAUAACCAGUGUUGGUGACCACAACUGCCAGAUCCAAGAGCAGUCUGCAAGGACUGUCACAUUCAGAAAUGAAGCUUGUGCUUGUCAAGGGUGUGAGCUCUAAGUUCUCCAAUUACGAUCUUAACUUUUUACAUGGGGAGGAUUCUCUGACUUGCUCUGCAUUCUGUCAAAGCAUUGGUAGUGUUGUUUGUGAGGCUGGCCAAGGAAGCUGGCGACACCUACUGCUGUGUCGUCUCGGUCUUGGCACAUGUCCUGUGGAACUGCCUUUGCAGCCAAAGUAAAAAAUUAUAAACACUCCAACCUAGAAGAGUACAUUCAUCACUGAUCUUUUGAAAUUCCUCACGGUGUUUUAAUAGCUAACACAUUUACAGUCAAGUUAUAUAAAGCAGCGUUUAUUUCUACAGUUCAAGAAACACCUUUUAGGACCCAUGUUUGAUGCCCGUCCUUAUUGCCACUGUCUCUUGUUGCUUUAGCUGGUUUUUAAGUCAUGUAGCAGGUGAAA